GCCGACGGGACCAGGCUCGUCGUCAAGAACUCGUUCUUGGAGGUGGUGGACGCUACAACCGGACUCAGCCGAAGCAAGAGCGACGGUCAUCUUGUAUGCGCGUUGGGGGGAGACAUGGCUCAGGUGGAUGCGGCUCGCGUUGCACCCAGUAACGCCACGGAGGGGCUCCCGCCGGACGUGGACGGCUGUCUCAAUGGGAGCGCAGCUAAAGCCGGCACCACUCACCAUUCGUUCUCAGAACCGGUCUCGGUCGGCUCGGGUAGUCGCUGCCACUGGGAGGAGAUCAACGAUUGCAGCCAGUACGAGAUCAGUGGAUGCCUCGGGUUGAGCGAUGGCGCCCAGGACGAGAGGUACGCAAGCUCCAGCGUGGCGCCGCCCGCGAAUCAUAGCUCUCCGAGCUGGGAGGCGCACGAGCUCGUGGAGCAGCAGGAGUUGCUGAUCACCAAGGAGAAGGCCCAUGUCGCCGGCACUUGCAAGCCGUGCUUCUACUUCAAGUUACACGCGCGCUGCAAGAACGGGAUAGACUGUAAGUUUUGCCACUUGCCGCACGAGGCCAAGCUCAGGUCGCGACCCAGCAAGUCCGCAAGGCUGCAUUGCAAGCAGCUGCUCGCGGCGCUGGACGGCAAGCGCGGGGGCGACCUGAAUGUCGCCUGGGGGCUGCCCAGCGGUGGCGGGCGCCACGCGGUGGUGGGCCACUGCAUGCGCAGCCCGGACCAACAGUACAUGCUCAACAUCCUCAGGGCCAGGGAGCGGGAGCAGCUGGCGCCCCAGGGCCCGACGCAGGCCGCCCCGCGCGUUAGUUCGAGGCGCCUGCCUCGCCGCAGGUAG